AUGUCAUGCACCCUGUACCGGGAUGUCACGUUCACCGAUCAGCUAGCCUUGAGCCCCAUACGUCGAGCUCUGGACGGUCGGGUUCCCCUCGCAGCGCUGCGCCCAGACCUAUACCUCGCCACAGCUAAUGACCUACACCAGCGGCAGUUAUGCGUAGACUACACACUCCUCCAUGGCCAAGAUGGCUUGCGUUUGAAUUUGCGGAAGUUCAAAGGUAUCCGACGCACCUACCACCUGAAGAAGAACGGGCGCUACUGGCGACCGAACUGCCGUUGGAUGAAGCUUUGGUGGGGACGGGAGAAGAAGUGGGUCAGCCUUUACAUCAGCAUGGGAGGACUUCGCAAGGUCGACAGGUUCGGACUCGAGGAGGCAGCCAGGUUCGCUGGACUGGACUUGUAUGCCUGGUCCAAGGAGCAUUGGGAGCCCGGCAGCCGACAGCCUCUUUGCCUUCGGUUCGGUAUCACUUCUCAAGCCGCGAAAGAUCGCAAGCAGUGGCCCGACUACAUCGAGCACCUGAACAAGGGUGCUCCCCUGGCAGAGAAAUUCGCCGGCCCGCCGAAGUUCAAGAAGCCCGUUCCCUGGGCGGUGCGGAAGAUGAAGCAGCAGAGGCUCGAGGCCAUGGGACCACCACCCGGCUUGAAGGUCGAGAUGAAGACGCCCGGCGAGAGCAUGCAGACGGAAAGCCGCUAG